GUUCGUGUACGGACGUGUUCCGGAAGUGGCUCCGAAAUUUAUAUAUCUUGUAUUAUUACUCUGAAUAUUUAAAUAAUAAAUAAUAAUAAUUUUAUUAUUUUACAACUUCAGUCACGUAAUUUUACUGGCAAACUGUUUGCGCGAUUACCGCGAAGAAAGAAAAAAAAUAAAAGUGAAUCAAGUUUAGCCGGUGAAUUAUGCAAGUUGAAAAUUAAUAAAUAAUUAAUAAAAAAACAAUAAAAAAAUAUAUAUUAUAUAUUUUAAAAUUGAGUGACAAGACUAUUGUGGUUGUUGGCAAAUUGUUGGAUAAAUCGACAAUAUUUUCAGGGUCGCGAGGACUCAUACUGUAUCGAGUUUGUGCUCGUGAGUCACGUUUUUACGUAAAACUUUGUUACACUAUCAAAAACUUUAACAAAAAAACUUUCAAUUAUAUAUUGUGAAAAAUCUAUAAAAUCAAAUAGACAAAAAAACCAAAAACUAAGUGUCGACGUUGAAAUCGUGGUGAAAAAAAGGCUCAAAAGUCUUCAAUUGUCCUCUUAACAAUUUCCAUUAAAAAUAAAAUAAAUAAAUAAAUAAAAGCCAGAGGAAGAAUCACCAUCUCAUCAAAAUAGAUGCUUUGGAUAAAUUUUUGAGGUGGUGAACUCCGUGAAGGAGUACUGAGCCAAGGUGAAUGAGUGGUGGACAUGAACUACGCGCAAGCGAAGGGACGGCUUUAUCCAGCCUACAGCCUAAGCGGCAGCGAGGGCGAGGAUAAUUCACUUGGUCCGCGUGGUGGUCGUGUCGGUUAUUCACAAAAUAAUCACCAAACUGGCCAGUCACAACAACACAAUCACUACAACACAAGUCAACAUAAACAACGUGGUAGCAGCUUUCAACAACAGCAACAUCCAUUAUAUCACGUUGCAAAUAGUGGAGCUGGUCUCAGUGAUACACCGACUUCUGGUAACGCCUCAGACGAAACAUUGACAGAUUGUGAAUUGACACAUCUUGCAAGAGAGUGGAACGGGUGUUUACUGGACAACACGGCACCCAGGGGACCACCUGAUGUGCCACCUCGUAAUCCUACAAUGAGCAGAUUGAACGGACGUAUACCAGGAAGUCACGCAGCAAGUGAAUACGAACGUGAUCCAGAUCUUGAACCUUCAUGUCUUGUACGCACCCCAUCGGGUAAUGUCUACAAUAUACCAAAGAUACCGAAGAAUGAAUACAGUAAUAAGAAUCAAUCAACGGGUAACAGUCCAAUAAAAGUUGAACUACAAAAUAACAUGGACAGGGUACAAUUGCCAUAUAGCCAUCACGCUCCAUCGAUGAUACCGAUGAGGAGACAAAGUAUUCGAUGUCAUUUCCGCAAAGGAAUUGAUUGGUGCAGUUGGAAACUCAUUGCCAUUGUUGUUAUAAUGGUAUCACUGUGUCUUACAGCAGCACUCACCUAUGUUGCUGUCAACUGGUCGUAUCAAGGCACAAAAGUUGGUACAGUAUUAGUGAGAGACAGCACUGAUGUCAUAAAAACAUCAGUAGAAAGUGGAAAAAAUACAUCUUUAACAUCAACAUCAUCAACACCAGGUGGAAGAUCACGACAGCCAUUAUCUGGAGGUGCAAGAACAUUUCCAGCAAGAUCAUUUCCUCCUGAUGGUACAACAUUUGCACAAGUUGCAUUGGGACAACGACUUAGUCAAGAAAUACCAGCAUAUAGCUAUUGGAAUAUGCAAUUUUAUCAAUCAGAAGCAGCAUAUGUUAGAUUCGAUUAUAAUAUACCACGUGGUGCUAGUAUUGGUGUUUAUGCCAGAAGAAAUGCUCUACCAACUCAUACACAAUAUGACUUACUUGAAGUACUGAGUGGUUUCAAAGCCAGAACAACACGAGCAUCACAUGUUAGUUCUAUUCCAUCAAUUAAAAAAGAAGUAACUCAUUAUAUGGAACCUGGACAUUGGUUUUUAUCAUUAUACAAUGAUGAUGGUGAUCCACAAGAAGUAUCAUUCAUAGCAAUAACUGCUGAAGAUAUGACACAUAAUUGUCCAAAUGGUUGUAGUGGAAAAGGCGAAUGUUUACUUGGUCAUUGUCAAUGUAAUCCUGGUUUUGGUGGUGAUGAUUGUAGUGAAAGUGUAUGUCCAGUAUUAUGUAGUCAACGUGGUGAAUAUAUUAAUGGUGAAUGUCAAUGUAAUCCAGGAUGGAAAGGAAAAGAAUGUUCAUUACGUCAUGAUGAAUGUGAAGUACCUGAUUGUAAUGGACAUGGUCAUUGUACAAAUGGUAAAUGUAAUUGUGUUAGAGGAUAUAAAGGUAAAUUUUGUGAAGAACCAGAUUGUCCACAUCCAACAUGUUCAUCACAUGGUUUUUGUGCUGAGGGUACAUGUAUUUGUAAAAAAGGAUGGAAAGGAGCUGAUUGUAGUCAAAUGGAUAAAGAAGCAUUACAAUGUUUACCUGAUUGUUCAGGACAUGGUAAUUUUGAUCUUGAAACACAAACAUGUCAUUGUGAACCAAUGUGGUCUGGUGAUGAUUGUUCAAAAGAAUUGUGUGAUCUUGAUUGUGGACCACAUGGACACUGUGUUGACAAUGCCUGUAAUUGUUUACCAGGAUGGUCAGGUGAAUCAUGUAAUUUAAAACAAUGUGAUCCACGUUGUAAUGAGCAUGGACAGUGUAAAAAUGGCACCUGUCUUUGUGUAACUGGAUGGAAUGGACGUCAUUGUACCAUGGAAGGUUGUCCAAGUUCAUGCUCAGGUCAUGGUCAAUGCCGUGUCAAUAGUGAUGCUCAGUGGGAAUGCAGGUGUUACGAUGGAUGGGAUGGAAAAGACUGCAGUGUUCUUCUUGAACAAAAUUGCAAUGACCGAAUGGACAAUGACAAAGAUGGUCUCAUUGAUUGUGCUGAUCCUGAUUGCUGUGGUAAUCAAGCAUGUGAAGAAAGCCAAUUAUGUGUAUCAGCACCAAAACCCAUUGACAUACUUUUACGUAAACAACCACCAGCAAUAACAGCAUCAUUUUUUGAAAGAAUGAAAUUUUUAAUUGACGAAGGAAGUUUACAAAAUUAUGCAAGACAAGAAACAUUUAAUGAAAGUGUGUUCUGGAAUCACUUCAAUACAAGUCGAUCAGCAGUUGUACGUGGACGUGUUGUAACAUCACUUGGUACCGGGUUGAUGGGUGUAAGAGUCAGCACAAGUACACCACUUGAAGGUUUUACAUUGACAAGAGAUGAUGGAUGGUUUGAUUUACUUGUUAAUGGUGGUGGUGCAGUUACUUUACAAUUUGGAAGAUCACCAUUUAAACCACAAACACAUAUUGUUUUUGUUCCAUGGAAUGAGGUUGUAAUUAUCGACAGAAUAGUUAUGAGUACAGUUGAUGAAAAACCACCAUUUCACAUUCCUCAUGCAUGUGCAGCUCAUGAUUAUGAUAUGAUGAAGCCAGUUGUUCUUGCAACAUGGAAACAUGGUUUUCAAGGUGCCUGUCCAGAUAAAUCAGCAAUACUUGCUGAAUCACAAGUCGUCCAAGAAAGUCUACAAAUACCAGAAACUGGAUUGAAUCUUGUUUAUCAUAGUUCACGUGCGGCUGGUUAUUUAUCAACAAUUCAACUUCAAUUAACACCAUCAAAAAUACCAUCGUCAUUAAAUUUAAUUCAUUUACGUAUUACAAUUGAGGGUAUAUUAUUUGAAAAAACAUUUGAAGCUGAUCCAGUUAUUAAAUUUACAUAUGCAUGGAAUCGUCUUAAUGUUUAUCGUCAACGUGUUUAUGGUGUAACAACAGCAAUGGUUAAAGUUGGCUAUGAAUAUAAUGAUUGUAAAGAUAUAAUAUGGGAUGUACAAACAACAAAAUUAAGUGGUCGUGAUAUGGAAAUAUCAGAAGUUGGUGGUUGGAAUCUUGAUAUACAUCAUCGUUAUAAUUUUCAUGAGGGUAUAUUACAAAAAGGUGAUGGUUCAAAUAUAUAUUUAAAACAUAAACCACGUGUUAUAUUAACAACAAUGGGUACUGGUAGUCAAAGAGCACUUGAAUGUUAUGAUUGUGAUGGACAAGCAUCAAAACAACGUUUAUUAGCACCAGUUGCAUUGGCAACAUCACCAGAUGGCUCAAUAUUUGUUGGUGAUUUUAAUCUUGUACGUAAAAUACUUGUUGAUGGUACAGUUAAAACAGUUGUUAGAUUAAAUGCAACAAGAGUAUCAUAUCGUUAUCAUAUUGCAUUGAGUCCACUUGAUGGUAUAUUAUAUAUAUCUGAUCCAGAAUCACAUCAAAUAAUACGUGUUAGAGAUAUAAAUGAUUAUAGUGAUCCAGAUCAUAAUUGGGAGGCUGUUGUUGGCUCAGGUGAACGUUGUUUACCUGGUGAUGAAGCACAUUGUGGUGAUGGUGCAUUAGCACGUGAUGCAAAAUUAGCAUAUCCAAAGGGAGUUGCUGUGUCAGCUGAUAAUAUUGUUUAUUUUGCUGAUGGUACAAAUAUCAGAAUGGUUGAUCGUGAUGGUAUUAUAACAACAAUAAUUGGCAAUCAUAUGCAUAAAUCACACUGGAAACCAAUACCAUGUGAGGGUACAUUAAAUGUUGAGGAGGUUCAUUUGCGCUGGCCAACAGAGCUAGCCAUAAAUCCCCUUGAUAAUUCAUUACAUAUUAUUGAUGAUCAUAUGGUAUUACAAUUGGCACCAGAUGGACGUGUUAAAGUUGUUGCUGGUAGACCAUUACAUUGUGCAUCAACAUCAACAUCAUUUGAUAAUGAAUUAGCAACACAUGCAACACUUGUUAUGCCACAAAGUAUUGCAUUUGAUUCAUCUGGUAAUUUAUUUAUUGCUGAAUCUGAUUCACAAAGAAUUAAUCGUAUUAGAAUAAUUGGUACUGAUGGUAAAAUAUCAUUGUAUGCUGGUGCUGAAUCAAAAUGUAAUUGUCUUGAACGUGGAUGUGAUUGUUUUGAGGCUGAUCAUUAUUUAGCAACAACAGCUAAAUUUAAUACAAUAUCAGCUGUUGCUGUAUCACCAGAUGGUAUUGUACAUAUUGGUGAUCAAGCAAAUUAUAGAAUACGUUCUGUUAUGGCUAAAAUACCAGAUGCAAAUAAUGCACGUGAAUAUGAAAUAUAUUCACCAGAUACACAAGAAUUAUAUUUAUUUAAUCGUUUUGGACAACAUAUAUCAACUAAAAAUAUAUUAACUGGUGAAACUGGUUAUGUAUUUACAUAUAAUGUUAAUACAAGUAAUGGUAAAUUAAGUACUGUUACUGAUGCAUCUGGUAAUAAAAUAUUUUUCAUGCGUGAUUAUACAUCAAUGGUUAAUUCAAUUGAAAAUGCUAAAGGACAAAAAUGUCGUUUAAAAAUGUCAAGAAUGAAAAUGUUACAUGAAUUAAGUACACCAGAUAAUUAUAAUGUUACAUUUGAUUAUCAUGGACCAACUGGAUUAUUAAAAACAAAACUAGAUAGUACUGGUAGAAGUUAUGUUUAUAAUUAUGAUGAAUUUGGUAGAUUAAUAAGUGCUGUUACACCAACUGGUAAAGUUAUUGAUUUAACAUUUGAUCUUAGUUUAAAAGGGGCAACAGUUAAAGUUGGACAAAAUAAUAGAAAACCAGUAUCAAUGUUAAUUAAAGGCUCAUCAGUAUUAACUAAAACUGGUGAAGCUGAACAACGUACAAUUGUAUUACCAGAUGGUUCAAUUGGUAAAGUAACACCAUGGGCACAUACUGUUACAACAGAUACACUACCAUAUUCAAUAUUAAGUGAAAUUGAGCCAUUACUUGCUGAAAGUUAUCCAGUACCAGCAAAACAAAGAACUGAAAUUGCUGGUGAUCUUGCUAAUAGAUUUGAAUGGAGAUAUUUUACUAAAAAAGAUAAAGAAUUAUUAAAAAAUCGUGGUGGUGGUGGUAACAAUAAAGCAGUUGCUAUUGUUGGUAAAAAAUUAAAAGUUAAUGGUGAUUCAUUAUUAUCACUUGAAUAUGACAGAGAAUCAAAUACAGUUGCAGCAUUUAUGGACAAUAGAAUUGAAUUAAUAAAUAUAACAUAUGAUGUCAACGCAAGACCACUUAAAUGGGGUCCAAGAAAUGGUAUAUAUGCUAGUGUUGAGCUGGAAUAUGACAGAUACAGUAGAUUAACUAAAUGGAGCUGGGGUGAUUUAAGUGAGACAUAUGGUUUUGAUCAUGCUGGUAGACUUGCACAAAUUAAUUACAGUGAUGGUACAUCAAUGAUUUAUGCAUUUAAAGAUUUAUUUAGUAGUUUACCAUUAAAAGUAACAACACCAAGAGGAAGUGAUUAUUUACUUCAAUAUGAUGAUGCUGGUGCAUUGCAAUCAUUGACAACACCACGUGGACAUAUACAUGCAUUUUCAUUACAAACAUCACUUGGUUUUUAUAAAUAUCAAUAUUAUUCACCAAUGAAUAGACAUCCAUAUGAAAUAUUAUACAAUGAUGAUGGACAAAUACUUGCUAAAGUAUAUCCACAUCAAAGUGGUAAAGUUGCAUAUGUUUAUGAUCAUGCUGGUAAAUUAGAAACAACAUUAGCUGGUUUAUCAUCAAUACAUUAUACUUAUCAAGAAACAACAAGUCUCGUUAGAAGUAUUGAUAUUAAUGAGCCAAAUUUUGAAAUGAGAAUUGAAUAUAAAUAUCAUGCUGGUAUUGUUAAAGAUGAAAAAAUUAAAUUUGGAAGUAAAAGUGGAAUGGAUAAUGCACAUUAUAGAUAUCAAUAUGAUGGUAAUGCAAGAAUAUCUGGUAUUGAAGUUGAUAUUAAUGGUAAACAAUUGCCACAAUUAAGAUUAAAAUAUAAUCAAAAUCUUGGUGUACUUGAGGGUGUUGGUGAUUUACGAAUUUAUAGGAAUUCAUUUAAUCGUUCAGUACUACAAGAUAGUAAUAAACAAUUUUUCACUGUAACUGAAUAUGAUCAACAUGGACGUAUUAAAUCUGUAUUAACAAAUAUACGUGCUAUUGAUGUAUUUAGAAUGGAACUUGAAUAUGAUAAUAGAAAUCGUAUUAAAAUGAGAAAAUUAACAAUUGGAAAAGAUUUAAUGGAUAAAAAAGAAUGGUCAAGAAUUGAUAAAAUAACAUACAAUGCUGAUGGACAUGUCUUGGAAGUUGCUGAUACUGAUAAUAAUUGGCAAUAUGCUUAUGAUGAAAAUGGUAAUGUCAUUGGUGUUACUGAACACAAUGAAAAAAUUACACUUGGUUAUGACAGUGGUGAUAGAGUUGUACAGUAUGGAGAUGUUGAAUUUAAUUCAUAUGACAGUCGUGGAUUUGUUGUUAUUCGUGGAGAACAUAAAUACAGAUAUAAUUCUCGUGGACAAUUGAUUCAUGCAUCAGAACAUAAAAAAUUCCAAAUAUGGUAUUUCUAUGAUGAUCGUGGUCGUCUGGUAUCUUGGAAUGAUGACAGAGAAAAUAUAACACAAUUUUUCUAUGCAAAUCCAAAAACACCUGAUUUAAUAACACAUGUACAUUUUCCAAAAGCUGGUAAAACAUUUACCUUCCUUUAUGAUUCACGUAAUUAUUUAAUGACUGUUGAAACAUCUGAACAAAGAUUUUAUGUUGCAACUGAUCAAAAUGGUUCACCGCUAGCAUUAUUUGAUACAAAUGGAAAUCUUGUUAAAGAAAUGCGUCGUACACCAUUUGGUAAAAUAAUAAAAGACACAAAUCCAGAUUUUUAUUUACCAAUUGAUUUUCAUGGUGGUUUAUUUGAUCCAAAUACAAAAUUAAUAUAUUUAAAUAAAAGAUUAUACGAUCCAACAGUUGGACAAUGGAUGACACCAGCAUGGGAACAAAUGGCUAAUGAAUUAACAACACCAACUGAUAUAUUUAUAUAUAGAUUCCGUAAUAAUGAUCCAGUUAAUUUAAAUUUAGAUGUUAAAUACAUGACAGAUUUAACAAGUUGGUUAAAACUUUAUGGUUUUGAUAUACCAUUGAUGCUUGGUUCAGAGUAUACACAAGCAAUGGUUUAUCAACCAAGUGCAAUGAUAACAUCACCCCAAUUAACACCAGAAUUUGGUGUUAUGUCAGGAUUACAAUGUAUUGUUAAUCGUGUACAUGAAAGAUUUUCUGAUCUUGAUUUUGUACCAAAACAAUUAUUAAAACUUGAGCCAAAAACACGUAAUUUAUUACCAAGAGUUGCACAUCGUCGUGCUGUAUUUGGUGAAGGUAUACUUGUAUCAAGAGUUGGUGGUAGAGCACUUGUUAGUGUUGUUGAUGGUUCAAAUUCAGUUGUACAAGAUGUUGUAACAUCUGUAUUUAAUAAUUCAUAUUUUCUACCAUUACAUUUUAGUGUACAUGAUCAAGAUGUAUUUUAUUUUGUAAAAGAUAAUGCAUUAAAAAUGCGUGAUGAUAUGGAAGAACUUAGAAGACUUGGUAGUAUGUUUAAUGUAUCAACACAUGAAACAACUGAACAUGGUGCUGGUACAUGGAAAGAAUUACGUUUACAUAAUCCAGAUGCUGCUGUUGUUAUUAAAUAUGGUGCUGAUCCAGAACAAGAAAGACACAGAAUAUUAAAACAUGCACAUAAAAGAGCUGUUGAACGUGCAUGGGAAAUUGAAAAACAAUUAGUAUCAACUGGUUUUCAAGGACGUGGUGAUUGGUCAAAAGAAGAAAAAGAUGAAUUAUUAGCAAGAGGUACUGUUGAUGGUUAUGAGGGUGUUGAUAUACAUAGUGUACACAGAUACCCACAACUUGCUGAUGAUCCAGGAAAUGUUGCAUUUACACGUGAUACUAAAAGAAAAAGAAGAAGAAGUGGUAAUAGAAAAAAUAGAAAUUACAGACAUGGCUCGUGAUGAGACGAUUAAUAUUAUUAAAUGUUUUUUUUUUUUUUAAUUAUUAUUAAUUACCUAAUUUUAUUUUUAUGUUAAAUAAGUUGACUCUUUAAUCGUGUGUGUAUAAUUCAAUAUUGUGCCAUACGAAAAAGUUGAAAAAAAACAAAAAAAAAAAAAAAUAUUAUAAUUUAAUCCAAUAA